AACUAGGGGGCCCUGGGAGAAGGGAGUCAUGUUGGAGGGAGUAUAUGUUGGAGGGGGGGAACACAACGACAGUCCAGCUCCUGCUGAAACGCAUGUGCUGCCCCUGCAGCCUCCUAGGGCUCCUUGCCCUCUUUGUCGCCGGCAAAUGCACUUACAGCCCGGAGCCUGACCAGCAGCGGACGCUGCCACCAGGCUGGGUGUCUCUGGGCCGUGCGGACCCUGAGGAAGAGCUGAGUCUCACGUUUGCCCUGGGACAGCAGAACCUGGAGAGACUGUCCGAGCUGGUGCAGGCUGUGUCGGAUCCCAGCUCUUCUCGCUACGGAAAGUACCUGACCCUAGAGGAUGUGGCUGAACUGGUCCGGCCAUCACCACUGACCCUCCACACAGUCCAAAAAUGGCUUUUGGCUGCUGGAGCCCGGAACUGCCACUCAGUGACUACACAGGACUUUCUGACUUGCUGGCUGAGUGUCCGACAAGCAGAGCUGCUGCUCUCUGGGGCUGAGUUUCAUCGCUAUAUGGGGGGACCUGCAGAGACCCAUGUUGUAAGGUCCCCACAUCCCUACCGGCUCCCGAAGGCCUUGGCCUCCCACGUGGACUUUGUGGGGGGGCUGCACCGCUUUCCCCCCACAUCAACCCUGAGGCAACGCCCUGAGCCACAGGUGCCAGGGACUGUUGGCCUGCACCUGGGGGUGACCCCAUCUGUGAUCCGUGAGCGGUACAACUUGACGGCACAAGACGUGGGCUCUGGCACGACCAACAACAGUCAAGCCUGUGCCCAGUUCCUGGAGCAGUAUUUCCAUGACUCAGACCUGGCUGAGUUCAUGCGCCUCUUCGGUGGGAAGUUUGCACACCAGGCAUCAGUAGCCCGUGUGGUCGGACAGCAGGGCCGGGGCCAGGCCGGAAUCGAGGCCAGCCUAGAUGUGGAGUACCUGAUGAGUGCUGGCGCCAACAUCUCCACCUGGGUCUACAGUAGCCCUGGCCGGCAUGAGUCACAGGAGCCCUUCCUGCAGUGGCUCCUCCUGCUCAGUAAUGAGUCAGCCCUGCCACAUGUGCACACCGUGAGCUACGGGGAUGAUGAGGACUCCCUCAGCAGCGCCUACAUCCAGCGGGUCAACACCGAGCUCAUGAAGGCUGCUGCUCGGGGUCUUACCCUGCUCUUUGCCUCAGGUGACAGUGGGGCUGGGUGUUGGUCUGUCUCUGGAAGACACCAGUUCCGUCCCAGCUUCCCUGCCUCCAGCCCCUAUGUCACCACGGUGGGAGGCACAUCCUUCCAGAAUCCUUUCCGAGUCACAGAUGAGGUUGUUGACUAUAUCAGUGGUGGCGGCUUCAGCAAUGUGUUCCCACGGCCUUCAUACCAGGAGGAAGCUGUAGCCCAGUACCUGAGCUCCAGUCCCCACUUGCCACCAUCCAGUUACUUCAAUGCCAGCGGCCGUGCCUACCCAGACGUGGCUGCACUCUCUGAUGGCUACUGGGUGGUCAGCAACCAUGUGCCCAUUCCAUGGGUGUCUGGCACCUCGGCCUCUACUCCAGUGUUUGGGGGACUCCUAUCCCUGAUAAAUGAACACAGAAUCCUCAGAGGCCUCCCCCCUCUUGGUUUUCUCAACCCACGGCUCUACCAGCAGCAUGGGGCAGGACUCUUUGAUGUAACACGUGGCUGCCAUGAGUCCUGUCUGAAUGAAGAGGUGGAGGGUCAAGGUUUCUGCUCUGGUCCUGGCUGGGAUCCUGUGACAGGCUGGGGAACACCCAACUUCCCAGCUCUGCUGAAGAUACUAAUUAACCCUUGAUCCUUUCUUGCUACAAGAGUGGGCCUGUCCACUGCCCCACAGCUGGUGGCUCGGUCCCUGAUUCUGCACUGUUGGAAGCCCUGCUAAACCCUCAACUGUUGACUGCCGCAGCUUAUCUCCCUAACCCAGAAAUGCUGUGAGCUUGACUUGACUCCCAACGCUACCUGCUCCCUUAUACUCAGGUUCCCCUGCCCCUGACCCAGGUUCCUCUACAGAUGCUAUAACCUGCACUGUUUGGGAGCCUCCUCCGCACACCGCCCCCUCUUCCAUUUCUUCUUUUUUUUUUUCAACUUUUUUUUUCAGUUGUUUACACUGUCUGUGUAGUACACUAUUUCACUUCAUCUUCACUCCUCAAUUCAUUGCCAUGAGACCUCUGCUCUUACUUUUUCACUCUUUCCUCCCCUGAGAAACACUGAGAAAUGAAGGCCUUCCUGCUGCUUCAUCCAGUGGACACUUCCCAAUCUUUGCUCUGUGGGCUCUCUGUCACAGUAGUCUACUGCCUCUCCUUCCUUACUUCCCAGGGCUUAACUUCUCCUCUGACCACUCCCUAUUCCUCCUUCAUUCCCUCUUCCCUCUUUCUCUUUCUCCGCUUCCUCAUUGAAUGUUGUUGUAUUUCAUUGCUCCAUCCUUAGCCUUUUGCUCUUCUUGCUCUACUCAUUGACCCUGGAACAAAUCAAUCACUGGCAUCCACAGCCAUCAUCUCACUAUAUCAGACUUUUUAUCCAACAGUGAUCGAUACCUCAAAAGUAAUAUGUGUGAUACUCAAUAUUUCAUCUCCCUUCUUCCCAAUCCCAAACUGUUCUGUUUCUUUUUUGUAAAUGACACUAUGCGGGCUUCCCUGGUGGCACAGUGGUUGAGAGUCCGCCUGCCGAUGCAGGGGACAUGGGUUCGUGCCCCGGUCCGGGAAGAUCCCACAUGCCGCGGAGCGGCUAGGCCUGUGAGCCAUGGCCGCUGAGCCUGCGCGUCCAGAGCCUGUGCUCCGCAACGGGAGAGGCCACAGCAGUGAGAGGCCCGCGUACCGCAAAAAAAAAAAAAAAAAAAAAAAAAAAAAAAUGACACUAUGCUUCUUCCAACCAAGCCAGAAACCUAAAGUGUCAUCCUAGACUCCCUUUUCCUCACCUCCUCCCAUCAUCAUCUUCAAUCAACAAGUCCUGCUGACUUUACCUCUUAAAUAUAUCUUUAUCAAUCCACAAGUCCUGCCAUUUGUAUUUCCUAAGUAUAUCUAGAACUCAUCGAAUUCUCUCCAUCUCUACUGCUACUACAUUAGCCCUGAGCCAUAUUCCCUCUCCUCUGAAUUGAGGAGGCCCUUGCCUAAACCAUCUACCAGAGUAAGAUGCAAAUCCCAUAAGGUCAUUUACUUGAUUAAGACCCUUCAAAGAUUACUGGAUAUAGUUCAGGCUUUUUAUCAUGACUUAAAAACCUAAUCCCUUACUUGCCAUUUGUUCCUGAGUAACAAAUUGUUUAUCCUUUCCUGCCCUCCCCACAGACACUUUCACUUUUGCUCAAGAUAUUCUGGGCCCUAACAUUACACCUGGCUCCCUUUGCCUGGUUGAUUUCCAGAAUUCUUUCGAGACUCAGAAGUCACCUUCUCGUGUGAACCUUUUGGCUCCCUGAAGCUAGUUGAUUUUGGUAUGACAGAAAAAUCCUAGAUCCUUGAAAACAAACCUGUUUGAUUCUUGGCUCUGAUAUAGAGUAGGCGAGAGCCUUGAACAAGUAAGUUCAACUCUCUGAGCCUUUUUCCUCAUCUGUUACGUGAGGAUAUUGAUACCUGCCUCUAAUAUUCAGGGAAUCAUUAAAUGGGAUAAAGUUAAUAGAAUGCCUGACACAGAUACAGGCAGCACCUGUUAGUUCCCUUCCUCCCUUGCACUGUACACUCUGUGUCUACCUCCAGUAUUUAAACCCCCAAAUAUUGUUGAAAUGGCCAGUUAACUGUUUGCCUCCCUUUCCAAGACUAUUGGUGCCUAGAGGACUAGAACCUUGUCCUACUUAACUUUGUAUUUGCAGGCCCUAGCUCAGGACUGGCAAAUAGGAAUUAAAUAAAUGUUUGCUGCAUUGAAAAA